AUGGACUUCCCCAGUCCGGACCUCAUCCAGAACAUCAUUGAGGUAAAUAGACAACCAGGGAGCGGUUCAUCUGAUCACCUAGUAGAGCCUGAACCAGAGCCUGAACCAGCAGAGCCUGAACCAGCAGAACUUGAACCAGAGUCUGAACCAGUAGUACCUGAAGAGCCUGAACCAGUAGAGCCUGAACCAGUAGAGCCUGGACUAGUAGAUCCUGAACCUGCAAAGCCUGAAGCAGCAGAGCCAGAACCACUAGAGCCUGAAUCAGCAGAGCCUGAACCAGCAGAUCCUGAACCUGCAGAGCCUGAACCAGCAGCGCCUGAAGAAUCUGAAUCAGCAGAGCCUGAGCCAGUAGAAGAGCCUGAACCAGUAGAGACUGAACCUUCAGGGGAGACUGAACCAGUACAGCCAGAACCAGCAGAGCCUGAACCAUCAGAGCCUGGGGAGCCUGAACCAGCAGAGCCUGAAACGGUAGAGCCAGAACCAGUAGAGUCUGAACCAGCAGCUCCGGAAGAACCUGAAUCAGCAGAGCCUGAGACAGUAGCAGAGCCUGAACCUGUAGAACCUGAACCUUCAGGGAAGCCUGAACGAGUAGAGCCUGAACCAUCAGAGCCUGAACGAGCAGAGCCUGAACUGGCAGAACCUGAACCAGUAGAGUCUGAACCAGCAGCACCGGAAGAACCUGAACCAGCAGAGUCUGAGCCAGUUGAAGAGCCUGAACCAGCAGAGCCUAAACUGGUAGAGACUGAACCAGCAGCACCGGAAGAACCUGAAUCAGCAGAGCCUGAUCCGGCAGCAGAGCCUGAACCAGUAGUGUCUGAACCUUCAGGGAAGACUGAACCAGUAGAGCCUGAACCAGCAGAGCCUGAACCAGUAGAGCCUGAACCAUCAGGGGAGCCUGAACGAGCAGAGCCUGAACCCGCAGAGUCUGAACCCACAGAGCCUGAACCAGCAGAGAGAGAACCAGCAGAGCAUGAAGAAUCUGAACUAGCAGGGCCUGAACCAGCAGAGCCUGAAGAGCCUGAACCAGCAAAGCCUGAGCCAGUAGAAGAGCCUGAACCAGCAGAGCCUGAAGCAGUAGAGCCUGAAGCAGUAAAGCCGGAACCAGCAGAUGAAGAACCAGUAGAGCCUGAACCUUCAGGUGAGCCUGAACCAUCAGAGCCUGCACCCGCAACGCCUGAAGAACCUAAACCACCAGAACCAGAAGAGCCUGAACCAGCAGAGCCUGAACCAUCAGGGGAGCCUGAACGAGUAGAGCCUGAAUCAGCAGAGCCUGAACCUGCACAUCCUGAACCCACAAAGCCUGAACCAGCAGAACCUGAACCAGCAGAGAGAGUACCAGCAGAGCAUGAAAAAACUGAAUUAGCAAGGCCUGAACCAGCAGAGCCUGAAGAGCCUGAACCAGCAGAGCCUGAGCCAGUAAAAGAGCCUGAACCAUUAGAGCCUGAACAAGCAGAGCCUGAGCCUACUCAGCCUGAACCAGCAGAGCCUGAAGCAGCAGAUCCUGAACCAGCAAAGGCAGAACAACUAGCAGAGCAUGAAGAACCUAAACCAGCAGAUAGUGGUGUGCCUGAACCAGCAGAGCCUGAGCCAGUAGAGCCUGCACCCGCAGAUUCUGAACCAGCAGAUCCUGAAGCAGCAGACCCUGAACCAGCAGAACCUGAACCAGCAGAGUCUGAACCAGCAGAGCCUGAACCAGGAGCGCCUGAACCAGCAGAGCCUGAACCAGUAGAGUCUGAACAUUCAGGGAAGACAGAACCAGCAGAGCCUGAUCCUGCACAGCCUGAACUCACAAAGCCUGAGCCAGCAGAACCUGAAUCAGCAGAGAGAGAACCAGCGGAGCAUGAAGAAACAGAACUAGCAGGGCCUGAACCAGCAGAGCCUGGAGAGCCUGAACCAGCAGAGCCUGAGCUAGUAGAAGAGCCUGAACCAUUAGAGCUUGAACCAGCAGAGCCUGAGCCUACAGAGCCUAAACCAGCAGAGCCUGAAGCAGCAGAGACAGAACAACUAGCAGAGCAUGAAGAACCCAAACCAGCAGAACCUGGGCCUGCAGAACCUGAACCAGCUGAGCCUGAACCCGCAGAACCUAAACUAUUAGAGCCUGAACCAGCAGAGCCUGAGCCAGUAGAGCCUGCACACGCAGAUUCUGAACCAGCAGAGCCUGAAGCAGCAGAUCCUGAACUAGCAGAGUCUGGGGAGCCUGAACCAGCAGAGCCUGAACCAGCAGAACCUGAACCACCUGAACCAGCAGAGCCUAAGCCUACAGAGCCUGAGCCUACAGAGCCUGAACCAGCAGAGCCUGAAGCAGCAGAGACAGAACAACUAGCAGAGCAUGAAGAACCUAAACCAGCAGAACCUGGGCCUGCAGAACCUGAACCAGCUGAGCCUGAACCCGCAGAACCUAAACUAUUAGAGCCUGAACCAGCAGAGCCUGAGCCAGUAGAGCCUGCACCCGCAGAUUCUGAACCAGCAGAGCCUGAAGCAGCAGAUCCUGAACUAGCAGAGCCUGGGGAGCCUGAACCAGCAGAGCCUGAACCAGCAGAACCUGAACCAGGAGAGCCUGAACCGGUAGAGCCUGAACCAGAAGAGCCUGAACCAGAAGAGCCUGAACUGCCUGGGGAGCCUGAACCAGCAGAGCCUGAACCAGCAGAACCUGAACCUGUAGAGCCUGAACCAGGAGAGCCUGAACCAGUAGAGUCUGAACCUGUAGAGCCUGAACCAGGAGAGCCUGAACCAUCAGAACCUGAACCUGUAGAGCCUGAACCAGGAGAGCCUGAACCAGAAGAGCCUGAACUGGUAGAGCCUGAACCAGGAGAGUCUGGACCAGCAGCACCGGAAGAACCUGAUCCAGCAGAGCCUGAGCCAGUAGAAGAGCCUGAACCAGCAGAGCCUGAACCAGUAGAGCCGGAACCUUCAGGAGAGUCUGAGCUAGUAGAGCCUGAAACAGAAGAGCCUGAACCAGCAGAAACUGAACCCGCAGUACCUGAACCAGUCGAGCCUGAACCAACAGAGCCUGAGCCAUCAGUGCCUGCACCCGCAGAUUCUGAACCAGUAGAGCCUCAACCAACAGAGCCUGAGCCAGCAAUGCCUAAUUCAGCAGAGUCGGAACCAGCAGAGUCUGAACUAGUAGAGCCUGAACCAGUUGAGCCUGAACCAACAGAGCCUGAGCCAUCAGAGCCUGCAUCCGCAGAUUCUGAACCAGUAGAGCCUGAACCAGCAGAGCCUGAGCCAGCAAUGCCUAAUUCCGCAGAGUCUGAACCAGCAGAGCCUGAACUAGCAGAGCCUGAACCAGCAAAGCCGGAACCAUCAGAUAAUGACCCGGGCAGAGCCUGA